AUGUCGCCAAUCGGUCUGACAGAGGAGGACAAUUCAACUACAUUAUUGUUGCUGGAACCAAGCAGGACAGUGACUGACCUUGACAUUCCAACAUCAGGCUUUGACCUUCUGACUACAUCAGCACCACAAGGAGGCACUGUGCUCUCAGCCAUUACUGGUGACACAUCUUCAGAAACUUCACCAACAUCAGCUCAACUAGAAACAUCCUUCAAUGAAGCCUUAACAAGUUCUACACAUUUGCCAAGCUUGGGCUCAGACCAAAGCUCUCUACCAAAGAACAUCAAGUGCUGUUCUACAAGAGGAAAUAUCUUCAAGUUCUGUGCUGCAAGAACAGAUAACAUCGAGUUCUUCACUACAGGAUCAAUUAACUUCAAGUUCUGUGCUGCAAGAACAGAUAACAUCAAGUUCUGUGCUACAGAAUCAAUUAACUUCAAAUUCUGUGCUACAGGAUCAAUUAACUUCAAGCACUGUGCUGCAAGAACAGAUAACAUCAAGUUCUGUGCUACAGGAACAGAAAAUCAAUCUUCAAGUUCUGCAAGAACAGAUAACAUCAAGUUCUGUGCUACAGGAUCAAUUAACUUCAAGUUCUGUGCUCAAUUAACUUCAAGCUCUGAGCUGCAAGAACAGAUAACAUCAAGUUCUGUGCUUCAGGAUCAAUUAACUUCAAGCUCUGAGCUGCAAGAACAGAUAACAUCAAGCUCUGUGCUACAGAAUCAAUUAACUUCAAGUUCUGUGCUACAAGAUCAAUUAACUUCAAGUACUGUGCUGCAAGAACAGAUAACAUCAAGUUCUGCACUACAGGAUCAAUUAACUUCAAGUUCUGUGCUUCAGGAUCAAGUAACUUCAAGCUCUGUGCUGCAAGAACAGAUAACAUCAAGUUCUGUGCUACAAGAACAGAUAACAUCAAGUUCUGUGCUUCAGGAUCAAUUAACUUCAAGCUCUGUGCUGCAAGAACAGGCAACAUCAAGUUCUGUUCUACAAGAACAGGUAACAUCAAGUUCUUUGCUGCAAGAACAGGUAACAUCAAGUUCUGUGCUACAAGAACAGGAAACAUCAAGUUCUUUGCUACAAGAACAGGUAACAUCAAGUUCUGUGCUACAAGAACAGAUAACAUCAAGUUCUGUGCUUCAGGAUCAAUUAACUUCAAGCUCUGUGCUGCAAGAACAGGCAACAUCAAGUUCUGUUCUACAAGAACAGAUAACAUCAAGUUCUGUGCUGCAAGAACAGGUAACAUCAAGUUCUGUGCUACAAGAACAGGAAACAUCAAGUUCUUUGCUACAAGAACAGAUAACAUCAAGUUCUGUGCUUCAGGAUCAAUUAACUUUAAGCUCUGUGCUGCAAGAACAGGCAACAUCAAAUGCUGUGCUACAAGAACAGGUAACAUCAAGUUCUGUGCUGCAAGAACAGGUAACAUCAAGUUCUGUGCUACAAGAACAGGUAACAUCAAGUUCUUUGCUACAAGAACAGGUAACAUCAAGUUCUGUGCUACAAGAACAGAUAACAUCAAGUUCUGUGCUACAAGAACAGGUAACAUCAAGUUCUUUGCUACAAGAACAGGUAACAUCAAGUUCUUUGCUUCAAGAUCAAUUAACUUCAAGUUCUGUGCUACAAGAGCAAAUAUCAUCAAGUGCUGCUCUUGAAAGCCAGUUAACUUCAAGUUCUGUGCUGCAAGAGCAGGUAACUUCAAGCUCUGUGCUACAGGAUCAAUUAAGUUCUGUGCUGCAAGGGCAAAUAUCAUCAAGUGCUGCUCUUGAAGUCCAAUUAACUUCAAGUUCUGUGUUACAAACAACAGGGCAAAUACCGCCAAGUUCAUAUUCUGCAGUACAGUCAUCAGAGAACUCAGUGUCAUCUGGACAAAUUUUAUCAACAUCUGUGUCACCAGCACUUUCCAGUGCACCAGUAUCAUCGAGUUUACUCUUCAGUGCUCAGUCGGAGCUGUCAAGUGCCUCAGCUUCUUCAACUGCAUCUUCAACUGUCGCACCAGCCUCAACAUUUGAUGGUACUGAGGUCCUGGAUUCUAGUGCUUCAUCAUUUGGUGAUCAAACUUCUCUGGUAUCUGUCUUAGAAGCAUCUUCGAAUAUACAAUCUUCUCCAUUGUCAACUAGCUCUAUAGCUACACAAGAUAUAAGUGAGAGUUCUGAUGUGCCCUCAGAAACUUCUGCUGUGCCCACAGAGAGCUCUUUCCCAUCAUCUGACCAAUCUGUGUUAAAUACAUUCCGUACAAGAAAUAUUGACUCCACAGAAAGCCUAAUAACAACCAAUACAAUAUCUUCUAUGCAAAGUUCAGAAGGAACGCCUUCACCUGUGUCUGUAAAUACAAAUAGUUUUAGUUUUGUGUCAACUAAUGUGCAAUCUUUAUCAGAAAUAACAACACCUAGUCAAAUACCAGAGACUUCAGACCAAAUCUUUGCAACCUCAACAGACAGUCCUACAUUAAGUAUAUCACUGUCUAUAGCAGCCAGCUAUGAUGCAAGUAGCCUGUCCACAAGUAUAUUUGCCCCUGUGUCUGAAGAUGUGAUCUCAUCAUCGAGUUAUGCCAUCCCAGAGCUUAGUACACUCCUUCCACAAAGUUCUUCACCUUCUAAGACUGCAAGCAUAAGCGAACAUGUUACAUCGUUCUUAUCUGAAUUACAAUCAAAAGAAUCCAGUUCAUUCAGUGACCAGUCACAGACCACACUGUUAUUUGAUGCCUCAAGUGCCUUAUUUGGACUGACUAGUGAAAUAUUGUAUACAUCGGAAAACAGUGUGGAACUUCAGACCCAAACUGAAACACCAAGUAUAGAUACUAUUGCUUCCACAAACAGCCUGUCAUCUGAGCAGAUAUCUGGAAGACAAAGUGAAACUUUUCCAUCUUUAAGUAUCAGUGACAGUACAUUGGCUAGUUCAUUCCCACAAGAGAUAAAUCUUGCAACCGAAUCUGUGACAUCAACACUAGAGAUUCUGUCAUCUAGAAUUGGUGGAAGUUCAUUUCAAACCUACGGAAGUAGUGAAAAUAUGCAAAGUUUCCUUUCUACUUCAGGAUCUCAGCAACAGACAGGUGUGAUUUCAGAAAGCUUGUUUUCAUCUGAGUCCAGUGAUGCGGCACCAACAGCUGGAGUACUGGGAUCAAGUUCCCAUCAGUCGGACACCAUAUUCACAUACACUUUGUCAGUGACUGCUCCCAGUACUGGGUCAGCCUCAUCAUCUGAUGUUGCUUUAACUGAUGCUAGCAUCCAGGAAUCGUCCUUUACAGAGUCCUUGAUACCAAGUCUGAGUAUAGUGUCAACUUUUAUGUCCAACACUGAAUCGGCGCAACCUACAUUCCGUACACCUAACCCAACUGCUGUCUUUACAGUUGUGUCGGUAGAGUCAUCAUCUACCCAACUGGCCAGUAUGUCCUUCACACCACAUGAAACACAUGGAAUACUUUCUUCUAGUUUGCUAGAAACAGCAGAUUCAAGCUUGUUCCAAGCUCAGUUCAGCAGUGUCGUAGGUGAAGCUUUCAGCUCAAGUGAAGUGUCUGUUUCCCAAAGUUCAACUGAUUUCGCUGCCUCAAGCUUAUACCAGUUCAGCAGGAUAUCGAAUCCAGAUUCAGGAUCUGUCGGUUCAUCUGCAACUUAUGUCUUUGGAACAAUGUCAGGAUCAACUGUUCAAACUGAUCUUGUAUCAAGUCAAGCCUCAGAUUCUCCUCCAUCAACAGAAAUAUUCUCCUCCAGCCAAAGUAUUGUUAUUGUUGUUCCAUCAAUCAGUGAUGUCUCCUCCACAGUUCCUCAGACACAACUGUCAUCAAGUGUACAAGGGCCUGGAUCAUCUGAGGUUGAAUUUACUGGUAUCACACUUCUGAGUGACUCAUUAUCUACAUCAUCUCAAGAGUCAGUUUUGGGUACAGUUCAACCAUCGACUUCUGGAUCUGAAGGGCAGUCCAUAGCAUCAUCUCCUCUACUACCAAUCAUCAUGGGAUCUGACACAGCAACAGGAACUGAGUCAUCUAGAACAUACAUCAGUGACUCGCUUUAUGCAAGUGAAAGUGUCCAGACCACUUUGAUCAGCUCUCAACUAUUACCAGACACUACUGACAUUCCAGGAAGCAGAUUCUCAGAUUCUUCUCUUCUGUUGCCCUCUGGUGUGGAUGUAUCAACUGGAUCUCCAUUUGCUACAGCUGUUUCAACACCUUCCUUCACCUUCCCUAACCCAUUCAUCAGCACUGCUGAGAGUGCCUCCUUUGAAUUCAGCACAGUUUUAAAGCCUUCUACAGCUCCCAUUGUUAUCCUCCCAACUAUUAAACAGUCAUCUGCAAUUUCCUCGUUUGAUAUAUCUCUUCUGAAACCAUCAUCGUCACUCUUUGAAACACAGUCAUUGUCAGGAUUCAGUGAUAUUGUGUCAUCAAACAUGGGAUCCAUGAGUUAUGCAGCAUCUUCACUGUCAGCAUCAGAAUCCGAGUUAAGCAGUGGACCUUCGAUCCCAAUCAUCACCUUGAUGGAAAGCCAGACAACUUUCUUCAGUGACUCCAUACCUACAGAGCUUCUGUCCAUGACUGCAACUGGAUCACAAAGCUUUACUGUCUCCACUUCAGUAGCUUUUGAUUUUAGUUCAGUGUCAAGUUCAAGUGAAGGCAAUUCAACUUUUAUUGAUACCACAAAGCCAAGUACAUUCCUGUUUUCACAGUCACCUACACCAACAGGCAGUUCAGCAUUCCUGGUCAGCAGCUCAGAUCUGUCUACAAACUCAUCCAUAGGAGGAAUAGUUUUACCAACGUUCUCAGGAUCAUCAGCCUCUGACAUUGUUCCUUCUGGAUCUGACAUCCUCUUGACAUCAACUGGGAGUUUAUUUGCCUCAGAUGUCAGCUCUGAUUCUGGAGGAUUUGUUCCUGUGCCUACAACCUUGUCACUGGGCAGCUUCAGUGCCUCUUCAACAGUUUCACUUGUGACUGAAUCUAGUAGUGGUUUGCCAUCAGAAGCACCUUUCGAAACUAGCACCAGUUUGUCCUCAUUGUCUAUAUUUGACACAAGUACUAUUUUACCAUCACAAGGACCUUUCGGAACAAGCACCAAUUUGCCUUCACUAUCUUCAUUUGACACAAGUCCCAUGUUGCCUCAACCCAGUCCUUUUGAAACAAGCACCAAUUUGCCUUCAAUGUCUUCAUUUGACACAAGUAACAUUUUGCCUACUCGAGGUCCUUUUGAAACAAGCACCAAUUUGCCUUCACUAUCUUCAUUUGACACAAGUUCCAUGUUGCCUCAACCCAGUCCAUUGGAAACUAGCACCAAUUUGCCUUCACUAUCUUCAUUUGACACAAGUAACAUUUUGCCUACUCGAGGUCCUUUUGAAACAAGCACCAAUUUGCCUUCACUAUCUUCAUUUGAUACAAGUAACAUUUUGCCUCAACCCAGUCCUUUUGAAACAAGCACCAAUUUGCCCUCAAUGUCUUCAUUUGACACAAGUGCCAUUUUGCCUACACAGGGACCGUUUGAAACAAGCACAAAUUAUCUCUCAUCUCUGUUUGACACAAGUACUAAUUUGCCAUCACAAGGACAUUUUGAAACUAGCACCAAUUUGCCUUCACUAUCUUCAUUUGACACAAGUUCUAUGUUGCCUCUACCCAGUCCAUUGGAAACAAGCACCAAUUUGCCUUCAAUGUCUUUAUUUGACACAAGUACCAGUUUGCCAACUCAAGGAUCUUUUGGAACUAGCACCAAUUUGCCUUCACCAUCUUCAUUUGACUCAAGUACAAAUUUGCCUACACAAAUACCCUUUGAAACAAGGACCAAUUUGCCCUCACAGAGCUCAUUUCUGACAAGUGUCAUUUUGCCAUUCCAAAGUUUAUCUGAGACCAGCUUAUUUUCUCCUUCACCAAGUUUUUCUCCAUCCAGUCCAAUGAGCAGCUUUGCCCCAGUUCCACCAACUGGAAUUGUCAGUUCUUUGUCAAUCAUAUCAAGCCAAGAAUAUACAGACAUAUCAUCUUUAUUCACAAGAAGUGACAUAUCAACACCAAGUGCUCUGAUGUCCCAGAUCUCAGCUACUGGAUCUCCUCAGUUCGUGAGCUCCUCCUCAUCUGUAGAACCUUCAGGAGCAUCCUCAGACAUAUUUGGAUCCCUAAGUUCUGAUUUCUUGGAAAGCAGUACAAUAUCCUCAUCUGUGAGCAGUAGUGUGAUAAUAUUUUUGCCAUCAUCUAAAUUUUCGGAUGUGUCUUCAGUCAUAUUUCAGACAACAGUAUCUGUGUUAGGCAGCUCAUUAUUUGCAACUACGACGAGUUUUGCUGAGGUCUCAGUAGAUACAUCUCAGAUCUCAGACUUCUCAGUGCCUGUUACAGUGUUACCAUCUCUGAGCAGCAUGGUAUCAGAAUCGAUUUCAAUUACUGGAGUAACCUCCCUUGAGUCAAGGUCAUCAGUUGACAGUUCUUUACAGCCAGAUUCAACCACUUUUGUGCCUACUGCUAUCCUGUCAUCGUCCAUAUCAGGCAGCCCAGUGUUGUCUCCAUCUUCAUCUGUGAUAAUACCAGCAAGUGAUACGAAUGUGAUAUUUUCAAGUUCUGUUUCCAUGGUUUCAUCCUCACAGACUGACAUAUCCAGCAUUGUGUCAGUGGAUACAAGUACUCAAACUGAUGUCAUCCCUACAGUUGUUCCAAGCUCAACUGAACCAAUAUCAAGCUCUGUUAUGGAUUUGUCGUCAUCACUGUUCCCUUCUCCCACAUCAUCAUCUUCAGCAACACCAUCAUCGUCUGUCCUGCCGCCAAUACCAACCACUACCCCAUCACUCAACACCAGUGAUGCUCUCAAGGAAUUCUGGGUGAACACAGUGAUCAAGGUGCGGCAGUCAGAAGACGUGAGCUCUGCUGCCUUCAAGGAUAAGAUGGAGGAAAGGUUGGCCGGGGUGUACGAAGAGGCCUUCACCCGCGAGCAGAUGAUUAACAAUGGGACGUACCAGCCUCUCAAGCGUCGCAAACGAUAUGCAUCGUCUCCUGAUGGCAGUGUCAAGCUACAGGUUGUGAAUGUUGAGCGCGAGUCAACUUCCAACAAUGUCAAACUGACCUACCUGGCUGAGAAGGAUGGGAAGAUGGUUCCAUCAAACAAGAUGGUGGACGCCCUGGAGCUGCUUGACCACCAGGAAGUAGCCCUUGGACUCGGAUAUGUUGUAGACUCUAAAGCAGAACCCUAUGUGCCUAUCCCGGUCCAACCUCCUGCUGAGGACAGGAAGUUGUGGAUCAUUGCUGCAGUGCUGGGACCCAUUGCACUCAUCAUCAUCAUCUGGAUCAUCAUCUGUAUUGCCUGCCGCUGCUGCAACCGCAAGACCAACGCCGACGCUGAGGAGCCUCACCUGAUGAAGGUUCGUCGGGAUGGAGCUCAGGUUCAGAGUGAGGCUUCAGGUGCUCCCCCCGACUACCCCCCAGAGCAGGGGAGCAAGAGGAGCAGCAGCGUGGGGCUCAUCAAGACCAGAAACAACAAGAUGUCCUACGAGGUGAACCCUGACCCUGAUGAGGAGUCCACUCUGUACCCAGAGGUUAAGAAGCUAGUGGACAUUGCCAAGACUAACGGGAAGAAGAAGAAACAUCCAUCAGCCAGUCCGCGGUCAGAAGCCAAUGACUCCAUGACAUACGUGUCCGAGGAUGAUCGCUACUCCACGCCGGCCAGGAGGAAAGGGAAGAAACAAAGGAACAUACCAAGAGAAGCUGAUGAUUCAAGCUCCCAGAUUGACAACCCAGUGGCGCCCCACCCUGAAGAGCUGAGAACCAAACCCCUGCCUAUACCCAGACACAACAAACACCUGGACAGCAAGCCACCUGCCUCAGCCCAGGAAGAGGAGGCACUCCUGGAGAGAGCUGAAAUGGAGAGAUUAAGGAACAAGCAGCGACUGAGAGAGCAGCGCAAGAGAGAAAGGUCUGGUAACACAGACCCCCGUCAGAGCGGAGAUCAUGAGGUCAGACAAGGGUACAAGAAGGCUCAGAAGGAGAUCGACGCUGUCCUCGGCUCCCCCGACCAGGACACCAACCUCCCUGAUGUCUUUGUCCAUAAACCAAAGAAACGAUCGAGUCGUCGUAAGAAAGAUCCCCAAGAAGGACACACUAAUGAGGCUUUCACUGAGGAUGAGCAAGAGGGAUCAUCUCAGUCUGGGGAGUCUCUGGAUGAGGCCAAGCGGAGGAUGCACAAACUGCUAGAUGAUGCGUUCUCCCUCAUCUCCUCCAGCAGGUCUAGCAUAGGGUCAGUUUUAUCCUUCAACAAGAAAAGGAACAAAGUGACCCCUGUGUCAAGUCCAACUAAGGCAUCUUACACAAGCCUGUCUGAAAGUCGGAAGAAGGAUGACAAGUCUGAGGUCACCCCAAGAGCUAAUGGAUCUGUGCCUACAGAGAGCAAGGAAUCAAAGCAGCCAGCAGAGGAAGAGAAGAAGCACACGCCCCUGUACUACAACCCCACGUACACAGGGCAGGAGGAGGGGUCCCCCAGGCUGGAGACGUGGAGCCCCUACAGGGCGGCGGACGAGGUAGCCCUCAUCUCGCUCCCACAAACACAGACUGUGAUGGACAAGACACCGACACAGGAGCGUCUUCAGACAACCACCUUCAGCGAGUCGUACCCGACCAGCAUGCGUGACAGCUACUACGCCACAGAACCAGCCAAGCCUAUUGUGAUCAGAACUAAAGACUUAGACCCUGACCCCAAGGGCAGCACAAACUCAAAACCCUCCCACCCCAAACAUCAAACUGUUAACGGCAUCGGAACAGGGAUGGGCAAGUCGGGGCUCCCCAAUGGGGACACCAGUUACCCUGGGAUGACAGGCUAUGAGGACAUACCGUUGCAUUCUUUUGGAAGUAAAUCUCAAACACAGGACUCUGUGAAAGAAAAUGGUGGUCUCAAUGGAGGCCCACAUAAAGGCCCCACAAAAACCUGGGCCGGUCAAGAUGAGGUGGAUGUUGUGUCCAGUCUGGAACCUGGAACCUCCCCUCAACCUUUCAUUCGGUCACUCCGCGAAGAGCUGGAGCAUUUAUCCACAAAAAUUGGUGAACCAGGAAAGACAGAUUCACAUGGAAAUUCACUGGCAUAGUAUUAGCCUGUAGUGAUUUAUGUGGACAUAGUACAGGAUGGACUGAUGACAGUUCAGUUUACAGACUGAGUCAGGAUGGACUCUGGUAAACUGGUUCUGUGGAAUUCAUUAUUUUGGUUGUUGAAUGAAUCCCAACAGAUUUAUGCUCGGGAUUAUUGUGAUCAUUCCCAGUGUUAAAGAAGGGAGUGUUGUUAUAGGUUGUUAUGUUUCUGACCGAGAUUUUAAUGUUGGAUCUAACCAAGCUUUUACAAAUGGAACAAUUUGUUUAUAAUCAUAGAAAAAUUCUUGUCUUAUGAACAUGUAGAAAUUUUGAUGUUAUUGUAACUCUACCAUGACCGUUAAAUUUUCUCAUGGUUAGCAUUUGAUAUAUUUUAGUACUCACACAUCCUCAUCGACACAAUGCUUUUUGAUGACUCAGCAUUGUGAGAACUGUUUUAUUAUGCUGCAGGAUUAAUUCUCAGCAAACAUGACAUGAAUGAAUACGGUGCCAAUUAUUGUUAUUUGACAUGUUCUUCUCAAAAUGUACUGUGAUGUAUAUGUGUCUCAUCUUCAAAAGAAACACAGAAAGUCUGCCUGUAUCCUGGAAACAAAAUGAAGGCAUUCUGGGUAAAGAUUCAAACGCCACUGUCAUAGAUUUCCUGCUUGACUAACGGACAGCAAAUCGUGGCAUCUUUAAAGGUCGAGUCUUCAGUUAUUAGCAGUGUGUUAGACAGAGAGGUAAUGGAGAAAGGCCACUCACUUUUGUUUCAUCUGUUUCAUCGGGAAUAUGUACCCAAGUUAGUACACUUUGUACUAUUAUAUUGUUUUCGUACCUGUACAUUAUUCCAUCAGAAUAAGUAUAGGAAGAUAUAUAUAUUUUUGUGCAAGAGACCUAUACUGUUCAACCAAGAACACCUGUAGACUUUCAAUCAGUUCAUCAAGCUGCAUGAAUAAGAACAUUCCAGAAAAUUUGGAUCGUGCCAUUAAGUAAUUUUGUAAAACAUGAUAUGCAAGAAUAGCAUGAUUUGUGCAUGGUAAGAAAAGGCAGAAUAAUAACGUUAAUUCAUUCUUGUUAUGUUCUAGCAAAACAAUCAGAUGAACAUACUUUAAUGUACACAUCUGAUGUUUAUUUAGUGCUGAAAGUAAGCGUGAAUGUCAAGACAAACACUACCAUGACAACCCCAAAGAUGAAAAUCAAAUAUGUAUGGGAAGUACAAGGUUAAUUACUGAAGGAGAAGAUUUCCAGAACCUUUGCUUCCCUUAAUUUUUAACAAUUGUGUUAAUGUUUUCAAUUACCUGGAAAAUGAGGUUAGUUCCUUUGUGCUAGAGGUAGAUUUAGGAUUUUGUGCAAAACCCAAUUCUAAAAUGAAACAAAAAUCCAUGAAAACUGGUGUCAUAGAGAAGCUGAUUCAGGUUAGUACAGAAAAAAGAGGUGCAUCCUCUGCAUCUGGUGCAACUGAUGCAUUCUGUCUCGGGUGUAGGAGAUGUCAUGUUGGGCAGUGUAUGGUACUCAGCUUCUCAAGAAACGAUUGGGUUUAGAUGGAGUUACCUCUUCAAAGACUUGAGUACCAAACAAGGGGAGAUAACUCCUGGAAUCAUUUAGACAUUGAGGAUAUGUAAAGAGACACUACACACUGUUGAAUGUGUGGCAUACAUCUGUGGUGACAUAUUUUGAAACACUGUCACUCAAGUCCACAGUUUGUCGACCUGUCUGUCUGGAAAGGCUUCACAGCUUCAGCACAUGAAGUGAUGGUUUGUUGUGAUGGUGUAGGGUGAACAUCUCCUGAUGUGUGUGUGUGUCAAACAUAAAAGGUCUUCCCAGAAGUGUCUAGAUCAGAGAUCUGAUUCUGUAGUGCUAGUUGCAGUAUGCGUUUAAUGUUGCAGCUUCUUGUUUUAUGUUUGUUGUUGAAAGAGACAAUGUGGAUGUGUUAUUGUCUGAUUAUGUUUUCAGACAUAUGUUUUCGCACGGCAGUGUUUAGGCUCACUAUAACGAGGCAGGUUGCGUCACAGACAUUUUAAAUACUUCGUUGAAGGCUUCUGCUGAAGAUAAGUUGUUUUUAAUAAUUUAGUGACAUAUUUUACAAUUGUUCAUGCAAUAAUCAAGAAUCUCAAGAUCUCAUUUCUGUGUAGGGAAUGAGACUUUCUAGAAGACUAAAAUGGGACCAACAUCUCACGUGAGUCCAUUCCUAAGAAUCUGUUUUUCAUUGUAUGUCUAACAUAAAAGUACCCACAAGUGUGAUAAGUUAACCUGAUUAUGAAGAUGAAGAGCCUGCUGCCAAGUAGUAGUCCUCAUAUAUUAUGAUCCUUAGUGUCAAAUAUUAGAAGUACCUAUAUGUUUUUGUUUUUUUUAAACCAAGAAAUUUACAUAUCAAUAUUAUUAUACUCAAAUAUUAUAUAUAUAUUACAUAUUUGUUCUGCCAGAAUCAUCCCCUACCCUUAAAAUCAGUUCUUUAAAAUCUGACCUUGAUAUAUCAAAGUUCCUUUCCAACCCCAACACACACACACACACACACACACACACACACACACACACACACACACACACAAAACCUCCAUCUCCAUUCAAGCACAGUACAUGUCGAGAGCUUCCUCCCUUUCUCACCCCACCCCAAAAUUGAAUUGUUUGUUUUGAAAUAUAGUUAUUUAACAAUAUAGGUCUGUUUUCAAGUUAUCCUGUUGCUUUAUUUUGACAAAAAUAUGCGAAUGCAGGUGAUAUGAGAAAGGGAUAAUAAACAAGAAUAGAGUUAUGGGUCAGGAAAACACACAUUUUGCCCAAUAGGAUAGAAACUCCACCAGGUCUUUCAUGAUUGUGUAGUUGUAUCGUACGCCUUGCUUUGUCCAUCGCUAGUCAUGACUUAUUGUACUUAUGAAAUAUAUCUAUAUUGACUUAUUGAGCUUAUCUAUACCUGUGUAAUCAACAAGCUUUUGUACCAGGUUAGUGAAUGCUCAUCUCCGAUGAUCCAGGGUACAAUUCUCCGUUAUGUUGUAAUAAGUACCCUGGUCCUGUCUGUUAGUGGUUGGUGGGGUAGCCUUGUGAUUAAAGUAUUCGCUUUUCACGAUGAAGAUUCAAUUCCCCUCAUGGGUACAAUGUGUGAAGCCCAUAUCUGGUGCCCCCAGCCAUGAUAUUGAUGGAAUAUUGCUAAAAGCGGCGUAAAACCACUCACUCACCCAUUUGCUAGUACAGCUUAGGUUUGAGUUUUGAUGAACUGGCAUGAUGCUUAAACUUACCAUCCAGUAAAAUUAUUAAGUUCCUUCUCAAUUACAAUAAGUGGCGAUAUGACCAGUACUCAAAUUGCCUUGUUAAAUUCUGGCUCAAAUACAUGACUUUGUAGCGAAACUUCUUUGUCGUCAUGACAACAGAUUCUCCUGAUGCAAUUACUUAACCACAUUUUUAAAUUAGAUUUAUGCCAAACUGUCAUAAAGAAGAGGCACUUUGAAUUGAUAAUUUGAUGAGAAUGAGUGAACACUUCUGUGUUUAGUUAGUGGUAAGCAAGAUGAAGACUGUGACAUUACUUCUGGAACAAAAGGAUGCUGAAUGCCUUCAAUAAUUGACAUCUGCCCUCCAAAUAUUGUUUGAUGAAAUGACAUUAUUGAGAUACCAGGUGUUUGGGAUAAAAGGGAUUUGCCCAAGUGACAGAGGUGAUGAACCUUGGGAGCCUUUAUCUGUGCCCCAGGUCUUGUUUUCUCAGUGUAAUGAGUACUAAUCAUUAUUCAUAAUCAGAUUCAUAUACAUCAUAAGUCUAAAGUAACCUGGACUUCAAUCAACCUUGCAAGGUCUGAUAAUCCGUCUGAUGUUGGUCCUUCUUUGAUAUGAUAUUGUGUCCCAACGGAACACAUAUCCAAUGCCCAGAGCUUCUGUCAAACAUUGAUGACCCAUCAUAGGCGGAUCCAAAAAUUUUCAAAGGGGUUUUGGUGUGGGUGAACCCAACCCAAACUAAAAAAAACUGUUUAUCUCCCGGAUUUGCUGUUGCCGAUGUAUGAUCUCUGAUUUGUUCAAUUUGGCUAGUAAUAAGUAUGCAAUAAGUAUUUUUACUUAUUGCAUAACACAGUGACAUCGCAUAAAUGACGUCUGAAUAUUAAAUAAAUUCCAAAUAGCUUCGUUUUUACUUAUGAGGUAGUUGUUUCAUUCAUAACACUGGAUACAAUAUAAGUUGCAUGUUACAGCCUAGGCUGAUGACCAUUAAGGUUAUGUUUGACAUUCUGAAGAAAAUGAAAAUCACAGUAUAUUUGCUCAAACCAAAACUGAAAGAUCUGUGUCUUUGCUUAACAGAACUUUCAAAUGUAUGUUACUGGGAGCUAGUUCAGCAGUGUUGACUGUGAUAAUAUCUUCAAACACGAUGAAAUGUUACUUGAGAGUAACUUUUUUAUGUUUUAAUGUUGAUUAAUUGUUAAUGAAUUUUAUUAUCAAAUUUGCUAAAUUUGUCCCAUUUUCUGUCCAUCCUCAUCUGAUUGAUAUGUUUAUAUCAAAAUCUUGUACAGUGACAAAUGGUACUUAACUGCAGAUUAUUAUCAUCUAUGUGUCCAUAGUGUUUAGUUGUUGAAGCUUGAUAUGUGAUUGGUGAUGUUCCACAGAAACAUGACAUAUGUUUCAUUUUAGAUGGAAUAAAGUAUCAAACGACAGUGAUGAAUAAGGGUCCUUUUUGUGAUACAGGAUCUGCAAAUUUAAGAACUGAGAAACCAUUUUGACAUUAUUAUGAAAUAUAUCAGAUGUGGUUUCUGGAAGUUGAAGUCUGCUUUGUUCAUUUCAACACAUGAAAUGUUUGGGUCAAAGGUAACUGCAUAGGUAAUGAUUAGAUGUGAUUAAAAAAUUAUUAUAGGAGUUUUUAUGAAGUGUUUUAUAUAUAUAUAUUUUUAAAGGAGUAUGAACGUGUCAUUGACCCCAAGUGAUUUUAAUAGAAUUUGUUUAUCAAACACAAACACAUAGUAACAGUUUCUAUUUUGGAUCGACUUGCUUAUACUUGAGGUUUCACUCAUUGCAGUCGUAUUGUCAACCAUGUCAAAACUUCAAAAGUGAGAAGGAAAAGAAUCUACUUGUCACCUAUUUGAUCAUGUCUGAUCUUUUGCAUAUUACAAAAUUGCCACAAUUUGAAAAUUUGAAAAUUCCAUUUGGCAAAAGGACCGUUAUCCCUCAUUGCCGUUUGUUUCUCCACAAGGACAUUGACCUUUAGCACUCAAUUUAAAUAUGAGUAUUAUUGACAUUUACCUCUUGUUUAAAGGUCGUCACACAUCAUGUAUAUCAUAUAUAUCCAUGGGGAAGAGUUGCAUAUGAACUGUAUAUCAUACUUUGUUAUUGCAUAACAUCAUGGGAAUGGGUAUUUGUUAAAUCAACAAGACUUGUACAGAUAUAGAGCUGCAAUGUUUGUAUAUAGACAUUGUAACACACAACACUGUAUUAUACAAUAUAUUUUGUAAUGUAACUGAUAAUAAAAUACUGAUAAUUAA